AUGGCGACCACGCCGCCGAAGCAGAACCCUAAUUCAGGUGACCCGAGCGAGGCCGUUAACUCUGCUGCUGCCUCAGCUCCGGCGGCGCCCGUUCGCAUAUGGACCUCCCUCUUCGCCGGCCCGCCUCCGAGCAAGGAUACCAGACUCCUCGCCGCCGUUUCCGACCACCAUCGACGCCUCUUCCGGGGCCGCCGCAGCCGACUCCCUACUCUCCCACUACCCAUCUACCGUCCCCCGAUUCAGGAUACCGAUGAGAUGGCGAUAGCUCGUGCCAUCUUAGAAGAUAUUGUGCACCACACUCUGUCUAGUUUGCAUACUAUUCAGGAAACCUUACUCUAUUGGCAGUCGAGAGCUGAGGAAACAAGAUUACAGAGAAUGUAUUUUAUGGCAUGUCAAAGAGGUCCCAGAGCCUUUGUUGAAGCAGCAUGCGGAAUGCUGUCUAGACUCAGGAGCAAUACGAGUCCUUUCCCGUACCUUUUAAACUCUGCGAAUUGUAUGCUGACUACAAAACGUGCUCGCCUGAAAAGCAUGAAACGCUGCUUGGCAGCUUUUCUUGCUGAGGUUUAUUCAGAAGUUAGUGAACACAUGGAAGGGUCACCUGAAAGUUCCGAUAAAUCGCUGCAUACACUAUUCAUUCUUUUGAACAGGGCCUUCCCCAAACUGGAGGCAUCACUUAGAAAUGCUAGUGAGGGGGAAGCCGCAUUAUUUACACAUGAUGGAAACUCAUCUGAACUUCUCUUUGAAAGAUUGCCUGAAGUUGAUGUUGAGAGUUCACAGUGGACAGAGGCCUUAUCAACGGAUGCUAUAGGUUUGAUCUACCAAAAUCUAAAGAAACUAGAUAGUUUUGUUUCCUCUCAGUUUUCAGGCCUACAAAAACCAAGCAAUUUGACUGUAUACUGGAUACCCUACACAUGUGGGGCAAUUGGCCUCUCUGCAUGUUCUGUAUGGCUUUUACGCCAUAGCAACUUAAUGGGAAGUUCUGAUAUGAACAAUUGGACUCAGUGUGGGAAGGAGUUGGUCGCUAGAUUUCGGGAUAAGCAUGUUGAGAAACCAAUUAUUCCCCUUAAAGAGCUCUUCCAGACAUUCAAACGAACAGAUGAACUUGCAAUGGAGCAAGAGAUCCAACAAACUGACAGAUCAUUGCGCAGGAUGUUGUUUGCCUUUUGUGAAAAAAAUUCACUUGAAAAGCUGCCCCAAGAUGUAUCAACACAAGUGCUGGUGGGGACUGCCACGAAGAGAUAUGUGGAGGAAUCAAUUCAUCCAAUUCAAAAUGAGUUCAGUGAAGGAUUAGCAAAUGUCAUGCUUCUGAAGGACCGAAGAGGCAGGAUUGCACGGCAUGAGCGGAAACUACUUCUCAUUGGAAUAGACCAAAUGCUUAUGAAGUCUCGGAAAUGCAUGGUCAAUGGAAUGGAGAAAGAGGCAAGCUGUAAUUUCGGGUUGAUACUGUACAAUCUGGAUAGUUUAUACAAAGGUGUUGAGUCGGAUGCCAGACGAACAGGGGAAUGGUCAAGCGUGAGAGAAGAUAUAGUUGUACUGACAAAGCCUCAUCUGGGAAUGGAAGACCAGCUGUUUGCUCUUUCACGUCUGCAGGACAUGUAUGCCUGCAUAUUCCAGUCCCCGUGCCCAGGAUCUGCUUACCACCAACUGCAGCUACUCAGAUCAGAGAGCGACGAUAUUCAAACUUGA